CAUGCUCCACGUCACGGCUGCUUCCUGUCGAGUUGCGGAAGCUCCUUUGUUUUCAUGUCUGGCCGCUGGGCUCGUGUCUCGCUGCCGCUCUUCCUGUUGCAGCACAUCGAGCUCGACUGGAAACUUCUGGAGCCGCUGAAGCUCAUGUUCAUUGUGUUGUCACUCAGGAAGGUUCUGGUUGCUCUGCUGGCGAGCUGCAGCAGACACUGUGCUUCUGACACAGAGGUGGUUGUGUCUCAGUAGGGUUUGAUAGAUUAUCAAUAAAUAGAUUAAACCCUGAUACUUAACCCUGACAAUGUCUGUACUUAAUUAGAAGUUACCAGACAGAUGUGUUCAGUGGUAAAACACGAGAGAAGUGGUUUAACAUCCUAGUUGGAUGGAUCCAUUAGAAUCUAACUGAAGUUCUCAGCAGCUCCUCACAAGUGGAUCUCUUGUUAUUGACUCUGUUGUCUCGUCGGAGCAGAAACCUGUUUUUAACCUGUUUUUAACCUGUUUUUGUUGUGAAGACAAGAAGUGAAAGCUGCUGUGGUUGAGCAGAUAAAAUACACACAGUCUAAAUUUAAUCAACUACAGGAGACGCAACAUGUCAGAGUCCCGCCCUCGUCGUCUCACUGUGAGGACAGUGCAGAUGUUCACUGAUCUUCAGAAGUAAAAGUACUCACGCUUCACUCGAGUAAAAGCAGCAAAACCACAAAGUAAAAAUACUCCUGCACCACAGAUUCAUGAAUCAGCGUCUGAGGCUGCGGCCACACGACAAUGUUUUCAUUUGAAAACACAUCAACUGCUCCACGCUUUUAGAGACGACAAAUCUGCGACAAUUCUUCAACGAACAACGAAACUACUUGAACAUUUCAAAGUGGUGAUUUACCAACUAAAUCACCUGAGUUAUUUAAGAUUUAAGAAUUGUCCAUUUAAGACGUCAGUAAUCUGUGAACCUGUUGCUGGAAAUCAUCUGCUCUAUAGAGCUGUCCAAUCAGCAGCUAGAACUGUGUAAACAGGAAGACAGAACUGACAAGAAUUACAGUUUUAAAUGUACAAAACAUGAAUAUUUUCUAUUUGGACUGAGUUGUACUUGACUCUGAACCUGGAGAAACAAGUGCGUCAAAGUAAAAAAACGUUAGCAUAGUUUAAAAUGACCAUAACCAUCCAGCUGAGGUUGUUUACUUUGCUAAUUGUGUAUGAUUAACGUCAAGUUUCAGGUGCGGCUUGUUGACUUUACUGUUCGACUCUAAACGGGUUAGCAAGCUAACGUUAGCCCUUUCCAGUCGGUCCAGGUAACCGGUUACACCGAGCAGCUGCUGGUUGUAAAUAUUGUGUAACAUUAAAUGUCACUGUGUAAGAACUAGUUUGUGACGUGUCUCUGUGUUGUGUAACUUGUUUCACACUAGUUUGAAACUACAAGGAGUCGGAAAGUCAGCAAACGGACUCAGUUAUGUUUAUCACACAACUUCUAUCUAAAGCUAGCUAACGUUAGCUGAUAAUCAGCUCUCUUAAGCUAACUCUCUUCUCGUCUGUCCUCGUCUGUUCUCGUCUGUUCUCGUCUCUUCUCGUCUGUCCUCGUCUCUUCUCGUCUCUUCUCGUCUCUUCUCGUCUGUCCUCGUCUCUUCUCGUCUGUCCUGUGUCGGACCUGAACCGGUCUUCAUUUGUCUCGGUGGAGCUGGUUCUCCUGCAGGCGGCUGAAUUCAUCUCAGUUGUCGUUUUUAUUGUUCCCUCUGUUUUCGGUCUGAGCUGUUUUGUCCUGCAACAGGUUUUAAAAAAUGGAUUCUGCUUCAUUUAGAUUUUAAUAAUUGAUGUUGAGAGUCUCUUCAUCAUGAUUAAAUAAAAGCCAAAUUAUAAUAAACCGCAAUUAUCUUUCAAAACCAAUCUGCCAAGAGGCCUCAGAUAAUAAUUAGUAAUAAUUAAACAUUUGUAGUAUUUCCUCUUAAACUUGACUUUAGAUAAACGUCGUUAUUUGUGGACUCAAACAUCUCAAACCAGAAAUACUCGACAUUGAUCUGAACUUUUAUCGAAACAUCAAACACAAACUGUUGUUGCAGUUGAAACAAAGUGUGAAAGAAGAUUUGUGAAGAUGCAUGAUUCUGCUCGUCUUUAUCUCAGAAGCCACAGUAACCUCCUCCUGCGUCUCGGGGCUCAGUGAACAAACGAGGACCUGCUCGUGUCGUCGACGUGUUACGUGUCUUCAUACGAACACGGGUUUGAUUUUCUCCGUGGUGUCAGUGUGGAGCGUGCCACACACCCGCUCCACAACAACGACGGCUUUUGCCUGCAUCCUCCAGUGUUUCUUCUGUCAGCAAGUCCAGCAGAGCUGCAACUCGUCCAGUGCCAGCCCGGACGCCAGCGAGGAGCCCUGCCCCACUGACAUGGUGAAGAUGACCAAGUCGAAGACCUUCCAGGCUUACCUGCCCAGCUGCCACCGCACCUACAGCUGCAUCCACUGCCGGGCACAUCUGGCCAAUCACGACGAGCUCAUCUCCAAGUCAUUUCAAGGCAGCCAAGGACGAGCCUACCUGUUCAAUUCAGUGGUGAAUGUCGGCUGCGGGCCAGCUGAGGAGCGGGUUCUCCUCACGGGUUUACACGCUGUGGCUGACAUCUACUGUGAAAACUGUAAAACCACGCUGGGCUGGAAAUACGAACACGCCUUCGAGAGCAGUCAGAAGUACAAGGAGGGGAAGUUCAUCAUCGAGCUGGCUCACAUGAUCAAGGACAACGGGUGGGAGUGACGCUCCGACUCGUCCUUUUCUCCGACCUUGGAAUUAUCUUUACUGAACUGCGUGGAGCGAUGACGUCCUCCCAUCACCCCGCCCCCCCCCCCCGACCACCAGCCACCCCGCCCCAAAAGAAAACAAGACGAAGACACGCCUCCACGAACAGUCACCCGCUCGUCUCCUUCACGUGCACACGCCCACCUGCUCAUCGGGAAGCUGAGCGAAGGACGAGGGGGCGGAGCUACUCCUCUUGAAUAAGUCACGUCGCAGGAGUCCGGUCGUUUACGUUGAAGAUUGUACGUCCUCCUUCGCGGCUCCAGAGCUUUUGGGUUCGAUUCCCACUGCCCACUCGCUCGCUCACUCACUCACUCACCUCCGAGCCUCCCCCACGCUUACAAGUGAUUGUGGUGAUGUGGCGCCCGCUCUGCCACCGGAGACGGACUUCACUGAAAGGACAUUUCUUUGCUUUCCUCGUCCAGCGACUCUCUGACGACCGAUUUGAUUUUUAAUUUGCUUUAGUUUAAAACGUGUGGGUUUGGUUACGGUUCUUUUUUUUUUGCUUUGAUGGCAGAUGGAUGUUACUGGUUAGCAUUUAAUUUCCCCGUCACGUUGUGUUUCUGUUUAUCUGUGCCGGGCUCGUCGUGUCUCCGCCUGUAGCUGAGCAUGCUUUUCUUUGCUAAAGUCCAAAUGAGCGAUCAGGGACGGGUGCGGGGGGGGGGAAAGGGAGUUUAUCCUCGUUACGGAUAUGUAGCAGCAUCUUGCUUGUUUUUAAAGUGGCAGCGGAUCUGAUUGCAGUAGUGUGGGAUUUUAUACCGAAUAUUAUUUUUCCGUUUAUAUCUUUUUUUUUUUCUGAAUUGUGAAUUUACGUUUCCUCCCGCCCCCUUCUGGUAGCACCUGAUACUUUUCUUUUUGACAUAACUGUGUGUGUGUGUGUGUGUGUGUGUGUGUGUGUGUGUGUGUGUGUGUGUGUGUGUGUGUGUGUGUGUGUGUGUGUGUGUGUGUGUGUGUGUGUGUGUGUGUGUGUGUGUGUGUGUGUGUGUGUGUGAUAUACACGCACACAUAAGUUAUACCUGUAGUGUUUGGCUGAAUGCGAUUGUGGCUGGUUCCAUUUUGCAGCAGAAACAUGAAAAGGAGCAGAAACCUGACGUCCGUGUCACUCGUCAUAAAACAGAUUGUAUUAUUCCAUCGUGUAGUAAUAUGAGACACAAGUACAUAUGAGUAUAAAUACACAUCCUAUGAUUACAUAUCCAUAAAUACUAUGAAAAUGUUCGUAGUACGUAGAUAUCGGAACAUGGAUUCUAAAUAUAUAUAUAUAUAUAUUUGCUGUCAUGCACACAUGUAUAUAUGCAUAUGACUGUGUGUGUCUAUGCAGUGUGUGUGGUCACCGUUACACAGACGCACACCUGAACGACGCUCCCUCGUUUGCACUUUGCAGAGGCCGCGGCUUCCUGUCGGUUUAGAGGCAAAGCGUCCGCUCGCACUCGUCUGCUCCGGAGUUUCUUUCUUUAGAUGAACGACCGGUCGACGGAGACGAGAGGACGUUUGACGGUUCGGAGGAUUUCAGCUUUUUCAGAUUCUAUCAACAUAAUCAAGUCAAACUAAACUCUGCUUCUCAUCUCAGUUUGAUUUUUCGACUCGAGGAGAAAAGAGUUGUUUCUUUGCUGCUGUCCUAGAAAUCCUGUCGUCCCCCCCCUCCUCUCGUAGGUCUUUUGCACUUUAUGCUUACCCGUCUCUCUCUUGUCUCACUGCGGACGCCGUCUGUGCUUUGCCUCUAAGCCGCAUGAAUCCUGUGCCUCUUCAAAACAUGAACGUCCCCCCCCCACCACCACCCUUGUGUUUUCUUUCUGUUGUGCAGUGCAUAACUCUGACCCCUGGUUCAACGUGGCCCUCGAGAUAACGUUCUUCACCAAAAUCCUGAUUCUGGGGUCGACAGACACACGUAUAUUUUCUAUGUUCAGAUUCAGAGGUGCAGACACAGAUGAAUAUUCAGUUUAUUAAAAGAUGGAGACGUGUGGCCGCUGAGGGGUGGGCGGGGCUUGUCAGCUAAGAGACGGACGGGGACAGAUUUAAGAAUCAGCAGUGAUUGAUUACUUUGCCGGCGAGGUCAGUCAUAUCACCUUUAAUCCUGAAAACAAAGACAAUGCAAACCCUGAGCAGUGAAACCUACUUGAAGAUAAACAGCUGAGUUAUUGGCCCUGUUACAGUUUUUGUACAUAAAGUAAUAUUUAAGGUUUUAUAUGUAUUUCUACCGGGUUAGUUCUUUUACUUCCCCAACUUGAAGCACUUUUGUUCACUGUACCUCUGGCUGUGUGUGCGUGUGUGUGUGUGUGUCCGUGCGUGUGCAUGUGUAUUAGCCCACGUGCACGCCGGCACACCAAAGCGAAUGUUUAGUUCCUUUUCCUCCGACUUGUUUUAUUUCUCUCUUUUUUCCGUCUGUUUAGUUUGGAAGUUUUUUUUUUUUUUAUUUGAUUGGUCCUGUUGUUUGUGUUUUUUUCUUUCACAGCUGCUCGGCGUCACCGUCUCUCCCGGUGAUCCGCGGUGUUGGAGUCGGGUUGAAGUUUGUUUGGAGGAGAUUUAUCCCCGUUGUUUGUUUGGUUGGUUUGUUGUAGCUCGUGGGUUCGAGCCCGUUGGAGGUUCAGGUCUCUGCUGAGCCACGUCGAGGGCGAGCUGGAAUCUCCCACCGUGUCGCAGCCUUUACAGAAAAACCCUUUCACACCACGGUCUCUGAACGGAGGGCGUCGCCCCCGGCAGCCACACUGGACGUCCUGAGCUUUUAGCAACGCUGGCUGUGAAUAUCUGAUUGUACUUCUUCAGAACCUGCUCAUUCUCCUGCAGGUUUCUCCCUGAACGCUUUGUCUGAUGGAUGUUCUGGUUCCGUCGACUCGUCGCUUCGUCCCAGUCGAGGAGCUGCUGCCGUUAAACUUUGCAUUUCAAGACAUCUCAAACAAAUUCUACCCUUUUCUUUCAAAAGCCAAAAAUGCAGGAUUGUGUCCCACAGUGCACUGCCCCCCCACCCCCCACCCCCGGUGUUUACAUGGUGCAUUCAGGCGCUCUUUGUUGGACCGUAACCUUCGGGACAUGUGACCUCACUGAGUCAUCAGUGCUGGUAAACUGGUAAAAUACAUUUCAUGAAAACUCGCAGAUUUUCUUCUUGUUACUCACGAAAUGGACAAGAUGUCUCGAUUCAGCAGCUUCCUCCGAGCGACUCGGUCACAUCGGACGAGUCGAGUGAUUCAACUGAUGAUGUCCACACUUUGUCCCUGAGCUCCUGUUUCAGAGUCUUUAAAACGCUCUGAGGACGAGACAUCUUGAACGUCCUCGUCUCAACUCUGCUCCUGACGUGAGAAGUUGUUGAGCACCGUGAAAGGACGUCCGGGCUCAGUGUGGCCUCUAGGGGGCGCUCUUUCGAGGGCUGCACCCUUUAAGUUCACGGCUCCUGAACUGGGAUGAAGCGUUUUGGGUUCAUGUCAAAACUCGGAGGGAACCAGUAUUUGUAGGAAACCAUUUUUUUUGGGGCCUAAAAAAAUUUGAUUAAUCACAAGUUUUACGCGAUGACUGGUCCUCAAUCCUGCGUCAACUAUUAUUUAUUGUAUCAGUUGCAUUAUCAACAUGUCUGUCAACGAUUUGUGAUUGACAGGUCGUUGUACAAAGUGGCAGAAAAUAGUGGAAAAGGCCCAAAGUUACAUUCUGAAAAUACAAGAAUAUUAAAUGUAUUAUCAUGAAAAAACAGAUAUUUGAACAUAAGAAGCUGGUACCAUAUGAAAUAUGAUUUAAAACAUCGAAUCGCUAAUUAUAAUUGUUGCCAGCAGGGGCCCAACAACAAAUCUGUGGCUCAUGCUAGCAGACGUCUGCUUUAAUCAUGACGGGACGGGGGGGUACUGGUCACUCCAACAUGGCGUCUGUGACCCAGCAGCAGAGCCUCUGUCCCCCUCGAUCAGUCACAAUAAGUCGAACCCACAAAAAGCCGUUGCCAGGGUCACGCCGGUGUUUACCAAAUACGAACCAGGUUCUAUUGAAGGCGUCGGUGUCGUGUGUCAGGCGACAGGAAGUGAGGACGCCGGGCCCCCGGGCGCCAUCCUGCAGACUCAACCGUUAAAAACCAAAAUCAAAGAGGAGAAGCGUUUGUCUUUCUGCAGAACGUUUGAUUCUCUGGACUCGGCAGCGUCCGAGCAGACGGACGACAGAUGUAGAUACUUGCUGCUGAACACGGUUUACUUCGUGUAGUUUCCUUGUGACACCGGCUGCCGCCGUGUGGAGCGCCGUGUGGAGCGCCGUGGCUCCGACGUCGAUCUGAGGCUCCGCAGGGAGAAGACUGUUCUUAGGACUGUUCAGCUGCAGUGUGAGCUCUGACGCAUGUUGUAUUUAUAAUGGCUAUAUGUCGUGCCUGUUUUAUUAUUAUUAUUAUUAUUUUUUUCCUAAAUUUUAAAACAAAAAUACUCUCUGCUUUUUAUUUGACUACAUUGCUUUGCAUUCUGUAUUAGUGAAGCCAUGUCACAUGUCUGUUUUCACUCUAAUGUAAACUAUCAGAUAUCACAAUAAAUUUUCAAUGGCA